GUUAGGAUGUCACUUCCGGUAUUCCCUGUCUGUUGUACCGGAAGUCUCCUAGAAGCGCGUUGGUGAGCAGUGAAAUACCCCUGAGCCCAUGUCUGCGGAUGACCCGGCUCCCGCCGGCGCCUCCUCGCUAGACAGCGAUGGCCGCUCCUCCUCUGGCCCUUCUACCAAGUUUGAGCUGGACCGCGAGACGGAGCUGCGGCUGGAGGUGGAGGGCCCGGCUCCCGUGCGCAUCGAGCUGUUGACAGGCAUGGCCGAGGUGUUUGGGACGGAGCUGACCCGAAAUAAAAAGUACACGUUUCCCCCGGGGAGCCGGGCGGCGGUGUUCACGUGGCAUGGAUGCACCGUGCAGCUGUGGGGCAGCCCGGACGUGGCGUACGUGUCCAAGGACACCCCCAUGUUACUCUACCUCAACGCCCAUGUGGCCCUGGAACAGAUGAGAAUGCAGGCUGAGCGCGAAGGGGAACGGGGGCCGCGGGUGCUGGUGGCAGGACCUUCGGAUGUCGGCAAGUCCACCCUUUGCCGGAUGCUUCUAAACUACGCGGUGAGGACGGGCCGGAGGCCCACCCUGAUAGAGCUGGAUGUCGGCCAGGGGUCCGUGUCCGUGCCCGGCACCGUGGGAGCGCUGUGCGUGGAGCGGCCGGCGGACGUGGAAGAGGGAUUCUCGGCCCAGGCUCCGCUCGUCUAUCACUUCGGAUCCACCACCCCGGGGACCAACAUAAAGUUUUACAACAAGCUCACUUCCCGUCUGGCGAACGUCUUUAACCUGCGAUGUGAUUCCAACCGGCGCGCGUCGGUCAGCGGCUGUCUCAUCAACACCUGCGGCUGGGUGAAGGGCUCCGGAUAUCAGGCUCUCAUCCAUGCCGCCUCAGCCUUCGAAGUAGACGUCGUCCUGGUGCUGGAUCAGGAACGUCUGUAUAACGAUCUCCUGCGCGACCUCCCUCACUUUGUGCGCACCGUCCUUCUCCCCAAAUCCGGCGGCGCUUCUGAGCGCUCUAAAGACUGCCGCAGGGAAUCCCGAGACCUGCGCGUGCGCGAGUACUUCUACGGCCCCCGCGCCUCCCUCUAUCCCCAUGCCUUCGAGGUGAAGUUUUCGGAGGUCCGAGUCUACAAAGUGGGGGCCCCGUCUAUCCCGGACUCCUGCCUUCCUCUGGGAAUGUCUCAGGAGGACAAUCAGCUGAAGCUGGUGCCGGUGACGCCGGGACGGGACAUGGCCCACCACUUACUCAGCGUGGUGCCUGUGGACGGCGGCACCGCAGAGGAGGGCAUAGAGGAGAGGAAUGUGGUGGGAUUUAUCGUCAUCACCGGAGUGGACAUAGAGAGGCAGACGCUGACGGUGCUGUCUCCGGCCCCCCGGCCGCUGCCCAAGUCCGUCCUGCUCAUUAUGGACAUCCGGUUUAUGGAUCUCAAGUGACGGGAUAACGGGGCUGGGAUCUCACGGGCGAGAGACUGCUGCCGGCGCGGGGGGCGAGAGUGCUGGACAGAGGGGCGGCCGAGGCCAACGCGGCGGAUCCAAAAACGCGCCUUUUCCGUAAAAAGCCUCUUUUAUUUCAUUUUAAAACAUUUUAUUGAUCUUUGAAAUCGUUCCGACGUUGGGUUUUCCGCGCCCGGUCUGCGCUCCGUUUACGUUGGAACCGUUUAAUAAAUGAAACGUCCGAGAAA